CGCCAAUCCUCCAAGGGUCAUCCUCAAGAUUCCAGCGCAGUCUCUGCUCAACUUAGGGAUCGCUGGAGCAACUGGUAAGAGCAACUGGUUUCUUUAAGGAGACCACCUCCUUUGCUGUUAAUUCUUGUGCUUGGUGUUUUUGUAAACAUUAUCUUACUUGCUUGUCCCUUGUCGCAAAGCUACAACCUCCAGAAGAACUGGUUUCCGAUCCCCUCUAUCUAGGUCAUCGCCAAUUCACAGGUAGAGGCAAGGAAAACGAAAACAUGGAGGCCAAUGAGCCCAAUCCUCUGUCGCAGCCGCCCACAAACGCUUCUAAUGCGCCCCCUCCCCCUCCAAACCCGCCAAGCAUCGAAUCUGCCUAUAAGCAAAAAUGCAUUGAUUUAAAGAAACGCCUCCAGGAAAUCGAAUCUCACAACGAGGCACUGCGCGCCAGGAAUGAACGGGGUCACCGAUACCUGCAGAAGAUGCGGCUCGAGUCCUGCAUCCUUCUUGAACGCCUUGGCCUUCUUACUGGAAUGACAGAUGAGAAUGGGCCUGGCCCUGAGAUUCGCGCUCGCGCGCUGGCUCUUAUGAACCAAGCUACCUCUCUACUUGAUGAUCACGAGGAGGGCUCUGCAGACCGCCCGUCAGGCCCAAGGCGCGUUCCUGAUGAAGAGGAUUACUUGGAUGAUGAAAGUGUUGGAAGCGCAGAAGACAGGCCUCCUACCCCUGAGGAACGGCCCGUUCGUACCAAGAGGAAUCGCAAGACUGAAGACCAUGCUAAGAGUCAUGGAGCGGGGGACAACAAUGCCGACUCUAGACAAAAUAGCUAGUGUCCUUUACCGCUCUCGCAGAUCCCAACUCUCCGACGAAGAUAUUGACCGCGCCGUCAUCGAACACUGGGAGGAUUUGGAUCCCGAAGAGAAACGUGAAUACGGCGACCGUCUCGGCAAGAGAGGUGCCAUUUGAUGGCUCGUCAACUCUAUAACCUGUUCUUCAAAUGGAUCGAUUCUUUCAAGCCAGUCUCCGUGUCGUCACGUUGCUGUCCCGUUACCUUUUAUAUAAACUCCUGUUUGUUAUUUCCUCCUAACCUUUAUUCUCACUAACAUGGCGUUUCGGGAUCGGGGUUCGGUCGCAUGGAAUAGAUCGAUGGCGGAAUGGAUUUUAAAUGUUUGGGCAUUGAUAUGAACGUUUUACGAAUGGGAUCGUGCUGUAC